AAUCUUGCAAAAUUGGACAAACCCUUUGCGACUUUGUACGACAACAAGAGGUCGUACCUGCGAACCGUGCUCGGAAGGGAAGCGCCAUCAGCGAAGAUGGUACUACCUCCUGCACCACGCAACCUCAAAGGAAUACCUCCAUUUCUAGCGAGGAGCAAACUGUGCAGGGAGCUAAUAUACAAAAGUCGGGACACCGUUCGUUUAAUAGGUCUGCCUCCUCUAGGCAAAACCCAAACCCGACAUCAAAACUAAAAGACGCACUAAGCAGAAAGCCACAUCGAAAGCAGGACGCACUUUCUGCACGCACGAGCACCAGCAGCACCGCAUCUAUUCAACCAUCACCCAUCGAGCCAGCUUCCUCUCUGCCCACGCUGCACACCACUCACACAACACCGGCUUCCAGCAAAAGUAAUCUUUUUGUGCGGGUGCUGCGACGCUUUUCAAGCAACUCCCUUUCCGGCAAGACGGCGGUAAACACGAAAAACGAAGUCGACGCACCAAAGGUCAAUGAUAACAACAACGGCGCUCUGAACAAACAGCAAACAACCGAUGUAGAGGUGCUUUGCUCACAGGAGAACCAGCGCAGGGAACACAAUGAGGACAAAAUGGAUGGCAAUACAGAGCCUGCAGAUGCCAAGAGCCACCAGAAAACUGGUUUAGCUUCGAGCAAUCCUAAAAAAGACAAGACGGUCAAGGGGACGUCCCAAGCGGUUGUCUCAGACACAAAAAAAAUGGAGGCCAGGAAGUCCUCCUCGGACACGGUAAUCGAGCCGUUAAUCAAGCAGCAGGCGCCUCUACACUCAUCCAAGACUACGCCCACGACCCUAACGGCGAACUUCGUCCAAAACAUUCGGUUUGUGCGAAAAAAUGUGGAGCAGUCGGGCAGGAACACCAAUCCACUACAGUUCGUCGAGCUUGAGACGGAGUUCCCUCGUGACUAUGAUGACAACAUUGAGAUGCUGUCCCGAGAGGCGGAGCACCUUGAGGAACAGUUCCGCACGCCUACUCGGUCAAAUGCUACGGAUGCCGCCGCCCACCAGGUGGCCGGCAUCAUCGACAACAUUAUUACCGAAGCGUCACGAAGUCUUACGAUCGAAAAGACUGAAGACGAUGUGCCAUUGAAGUCCUCCACGAAGCACUCGAGCGGCGUCAAGCGCGUUGGUUUCCAGGUCGAGGAAAAAGACGAUACUGAGAUUCAGAGCGAAAAGCAGCCAAAGAGCAUCGAUGAUAUAGCAAAGAAGUCGGAAAGCGCAGAGGCUAGCGCGGAGGAAGCUACUGUCACCGGGUCCUCCACGGAUGCAUCUACAUCACUGCUGCCCUCCACAACAACGGUGUCCACCACAUCUUCAGCCACAUCGAUUACAAAGAGCAAGAGCGAUGAAGACGAUGAUCCGGUGGCCAUGUCUCCGUGCGGUCGUUUCUUCAAGUACGACAAGGAGGUCGGACGCGGUUCCUUUAAAACCGUUUAUCGCGGCCUGGACACAUUGACGGGUGUUCCAGUUGCCUGGUGCGAAUUAUUGGACAAGCAAGUGAAGAAAAGCGAACGCACCAGAUUCCGCGAGGAGGCAGACAUGCUGAAGAAACUUCAGCACCCGAACAUAGUGCGCUUUUAUACGUAUUGGGAAUUUCCAAUAGGCCGCAAGAAGAAUAUAGUACUAGUCACCGAGCUAAUGUUAUCUGGAACUUUAAAAUCCUAUUUGAAACGAUUCAAGAAAAUACACCCAAAGGUAUUGAAGUCAUGGUGUCGCCAGAUCCUGAAAGGCCUCAACUUCCUGCAUACUCGUCAAUUUCCUAUAAUUCAUCGUGAUUUGAAAUGUGAUAAUAUUUUUAUAACUGGCACCACUGGUAGUGUUAAAAUCGGCGACUUGGGCCUGGCAACGUUGAAAAACCGCUCCCACGCAAAAUCUGUGAUUGGUACUCCGGAGUUCAUGGCCCCGGAAAUGUACGAGGAGCACUAUGACGAGUCGGUGGAUGUUUAUGCGUUCGGAAUGUGCAUGUUGGAGAUGGCCAUCUCCGAAUAUCCAUACAGCGAGUGCAAAGGUCCUGCGCAGAUCUAUAAGAAGGUGAUCUCGGGCAUUAAGCCCGCAGCACUGGCCAAGGUGGAGGAUCCCAACGUGCGGGACAUCAUCGAGAGGUGCAUUGAACUAAAGAAAGAGGAUCGUCCAAGCUGCAAUGAGCUUCUGGAAUCGGAGUUCUUCGACGAAGACAUCGGUAUUCGCGUGGAGCCUACUGCCUCAGAACAGUUCCUUUCCGAUCCAAGCAUCAGCAUUAUCGAGUUUCGACUGCGCUUCAUGGAUCCCAAGAAGCGCUCGUCCCGCCACAAGGAGAACGAGGCGAUUCAGUUCGAGUACAACAUCAAGCACGACGAGUACGAGCAGAUCGCGCAGGAAAUGAUGAAAGAAAAUAUUAUAUCGGAGGAUGAUUCUCGAGCUGUAGCUCGACUACUGAAGGUACAAGUCGUAUCGUUGCUUAAGGAGCGGGCCCAGCGUCAAACCCAAAUUAAGCUCCAAAACGAAAAGUCGCGCCUGGAGAAAUUAGCACUGCAGAAACAACGCGAGAGUUUGCCUACAAAUGUCGACGAAGAUGAGGAAGAAGAGGAGGAGUCUGAAGACGAGGAAGAUGGCGUGAAGUGGAAUCAGCGCCUGCAGCUUAGGUACGACCUGCUCAACACAGAUUCGGAAACAAGCCUAGCUCUUUCCACGAACAGCGUUGAGCCGCAGCAACUGCCCACACGCUCGAACACUUCGAUCCCGAAUAGCGGCAUUCAGCAGCCUGUCCAGGGUCCAGUUCCUGGAGCCGUUCCGCAGUUGGUUCCGGUGCAGCCGCAGGCUAUUGCCUCAUCGGCCAUUCCCAUGCAACAGAUGCCAACCGUGCACUACAUUCAACCGCCGCAGCUCGCCUCGUAUCAAAACCCGAAUCCGACGAUGCAGGAGAUUAGCAACAACCAGGUCAUCUCUCCGACAGGUACCCAACAGAUGCAGCAGCAGCAACCCGCUGCACCCACCGUUAAUCAUCAGAUGGUGCAGCAGCAGCAGGUCAACCAACAACAGCAGCAACAAAUAAUGCAGCAGAUGCCACAGCAAGUUCAAGUGCAGCAAACUGUUCCGCAGCAACAAACACCAACAGUUUUGCCGCCACAGCAGCACGAACAGCAGCCACAGCAACAAACACAACCAAUGGCUGAUCAACAAAAGAGCCAUCAAAUUCCUUUGCAACAGCAAUUACAGCAGCUUAUGCACACCAAUGUGCAGACGCAAGACCUGGCGCAGCAGCAACAAAUGGCACAGCAGCAGGCCCAGCAAUAUUUCCAGCAACAACCACAGGCGCCGGUUGCACUACAUCCAAAUCAACUUGCGCAGCAGCAACAGGCAUAUGCCAUGCAGCAGACAAGCCAGCAGCAACAAUUAUCGCAGCCACUUCAAAUUCAGCAACAGAUCUUACAGCAGCAACAGCAAGCAGCGGUCUCGCACCAACAACAGAUAUUGCAGCAACAGCUUGCCCAGCAUCAACUUCAACAACUACAGCAGCAACAGCAGCAGCAGCUUCAACAACAGCAGCUCCAGCAGCAACAACAGCAGCAAAUUCAACAACAGCAACUUCAACAGCAGCAACAGUUCGUGCAGCAAUACGCGCAGGCUAUGCCACAGCAGCAACACCAGCAAAUAAUCCCUGCAGCACAGCAGGUGAUGGCACCGCAGCAACAUCAGCAGCCUAUGCAAAUUUCAGUUCAGAUGCAAGUGCCACCCACUUCAGUGGCGCCUGCAAUGCAGCAAACAUUACCGCAGACCUACAACCAGCAGACUCCGCAAGUGGCGCUUAGUGAUUCCCAGCAGCAGCAACAUGGAGGUUUUUCAACACUUCCUCCGCAGCAAUCACAGUUUGUGCCCCAGCCUACACAGCAACCAAUACAGUUGUCCAUGCCCUUGGAACAGCAAUUGCAGCAGCUGCUGCACAGCCAGCCACCCCAGCAGCAACAACCACAGCAGCAACCCAUAAACCAACAGCAGGGACAACCUUUGGUCCAGCAUCAGCAGCCUUUGGUCCAACAGCAAGCACAACCUCAGCCACAGCUGCCCCCCGUUGUACAGCAGCAACAAUCACAGCUACAGCAACCUCAAGCAGAAUUACAUACACAGAUUACAUCACAAGUCCUGAUUCAGCCGGAAAAUCCACAGCCAGUCUUGGUUAGCCAGGAACAGGCAUGCGCAUCUGAAGGCAUGUCAGUAAAUAGCUCCCAAAUAAACAUUGAAGGUGCACCCAAAGUAGAGACCCAGGCAUCUGUAGAUGCGGAAAAGCAGCAGAAACAAAGCACGGCGAACCGUUCCCAGAAACCAAGGCGCUCCAACCGGAGCGGCAACGAAAGGAUUCCCAAGCUAAGUGUAACCAGUGUUGACGAGGGUAGCGUCAUCAAUUGUCACAUGGAGAAUAAACUGAAAACGAUUACAUUCAAAUUCGACAUUGGGGAUGUUAAUCCGGUUGAAAUCGCCAAUAAAUUGAUCGCCCAAGAUUUGCUUUCUAAUUGCCAAAGUACAGUUUUUGUGGAAAUGAUCAAUGAAAUUGUUGAGCAAGUCAAACAGAAUCCCAAUCAAAUCCCUAUACCGACCAAUUAUCGCCGCAAUAUUGAAAAGGUCCGACACGCGUCUCUAACUCGACAGCGUUCCACGUUUAGGUCACACCAAAGACAUAGAUCUCGGGAUGAAACCGCCAGCGACAUUACUAAGAUGUUCGAACCCACUAUUCAUGGUGUUGAAACGCUGCCCUCUGGCGGGGGAGGUGUGGAACCAUCGAACCCCAACCUGACUUUCGAGGCCAGGCCAAAUGUGUCCAACAUAACGAACUCCCAAGAACCCCAGCUAAAUGUUGGAACUCCGCCGACAACCACUUCGACCAUGUCUUCCUCAUCAACCGCAUCGAGGGAUGCGCCAAACAGCAGCAAUGACGUAACCAUUGGGUCUGGUUCCGUAUCUCGAAAGACAAGCACAGCCUCGGAAUACACUUCGCUGUCAAUAGACUACAUGCCAGACAGCAACAUAACUCCGACUGGCCCGGAACCGCCGUUCGACGAUGGCAGGGAUAAGUCACAGACUGCUCAACAAAAACCUUGCUCCCUUGCAAUCGCUAGAAUGCAGAAGCUUUUGGAGUCUACUGGUGGAGGCGCUCCUCGCAGCCUUAAUCUGCCUUUGAAUCGUCACCUAAAGAUUCAAGAGGAUUUAAAACACACCAGAAGUCUGGACGACUUGACCGCAGUGAAGAUCACAUUUGACAUGCCCAACAAGGCCACACUGGAACCUUCGGAGAAUGCUCAGCAAACCACUGCAGUGGAAGCUGAGAAGACAAAAGAAAAGACAGCCCAGGCAGGGGCAGCCCAGGGUACCGGAGCUGCCAACACUCUAGAGCAGUUAAAGAUAGAACUCGAAAAUAUAACUCACGCCCACGCUUUUGCUUCAGCCGUAGUGGCUUCAAUUAAUAACAGAGCUCCCCACCAGGCCUCGCCGGCGAUGUCCUCACUGAAGGCUUCUGGACAACACCAAACACAAGAGAUAAGCAAGUCAAACAACGGAGCUGGAGCUUCGACAGCCUCAGUGGGUCAGAAUACUCCCACUGCAGCUCUGACAUCCGCCAGGGGCUCUGGCUCCUCCGUCUACAAUUCGCGUCGCACUUCCAUCGACAACAGCAUGGGUUCCGAUGUGCACUUGCACACUGCCACUAAUCUUGAGGGUACGGUCAGUAACUCGGAUCCGACUCCAACUGAAGCAUCAGUUGGCAUAACCAUAGGAACGAGCCACGAGAAGCAACUGUCCAAGCAGCCAAGUUUGGAAAAACCAUCUACCACAUCAAUUGCGACCAACAGCAGCGAUCCUCCGCAUAGAAAUCCCAGCAACGGAUCAAUUAACCAGAACUCAAUAGCAGAUUUAGAAAAGAAAUUGGCAGCCUUGCGAAAUACCGAAAAUGCUGAAGAUGCUGCAUCAGUCACUUUGUCGGUAGUGCCAAAGCAAGUCGAAGAGGUCGCAAAUCCGAGUGCCCGAAAAAUAUCACGAUUUAGUGUCAGUCGUGUGCAGGAGCAGAAAACUUCAACCGGUGUGGAGGAACCUGCACAAGGCCAACUAAAAAUUGACCUACAAGCUGCUGGCCCUGGUGGCCAAAUGCACACCCAUGGCUCGGUACAGAAUGGCAGUGUGGUCAAUACUCCAACAGAAGUCAUCAGCUCUCCCAUUCAAAAUGUUCCGCUGGCCAUUAACGGAAUUCAGUUGAUUUACCAACAGCCCCAGCCGAUUCACCAGUUAUCGGGGGGAACCUCGACUUCCACCAGUGGAGCAGGGGCUCAAUGCAUAGUGGUGCCCCAAGUUGUUAGUCAGAAUGGCACCCAAAUGCAACCAAUUUCCAAUCUACAGCCGCAACAGCAAAUUGUGCAUUCGAACUUAGCACAACAGCCACAGCAAACACCACUAAACGGCCAUCCACCGAUGGCAAAUACUCUGCAGCAGCAGCAGCCACAACCGCAAUCCAUACCGAUGCAGCCGAUACCGCCACAGCAGCAGCAACAGAACCAGAUGCCUCUUAUGACCCAGCAACAGAUCCUAAUGCAACAGCAACAAGGAUCCCAGCAGGGAUCGCAACAAUUUAACAUGCCGGGCACACAGCAGCCUCAUCCGCAACAUCAGUUUGUUCAAACACAACCCAACCAGCUUCAUUCGCUUCCGCCUCAGGUGGUGAGCAUGGCCCAGGGAAUGCCGCAUCAGCUCCCACCCAUGCAGACUAUGUCGGCCCAGCAGCAAAUGAUCUCGCAACAACAGCACCAAUUGCAGAUGCAAUCGCACAUGCAGCAGCAAACUGUUCCUGGAAUUUACAACCAGCAGACAGGAGCUCAUGUGGCCGCGCCCCAAAACUUUUCAGGAGCUGUCCCCAGUCAUUUGUUGCAACAGUCGCCUCUGAUGGCAUCUCAGCAGCCUGCACAGCCCAUGCAACACGUUAUGCAGCCGAUUUUUAAUGCAUCGUCUGGGGAGGUUACCGAAGAGCCUGUUUCUCUAGCAGCUACACAUCCGCACUUGUUACCAAGCGAUAUACAAUCUGAUAUAAAGCACAAUUUAGACUCGUUAGUAAAUCAAUUGUGCAAUACGCGCUUGGGAACUAACCAGCACCAACGGCUGUUGCUGUUGCGUCAAAGACAACUCAUAGAAGAGGACGAGCUGCGUCUUAAACAUUAUGUGGAAUACGAAAAGUUUCAAAAGGCACUACGCCAAUCUAUUAGCACAAACGUUCCAGCGACUGCAGCUUACUAUUCAGCAGCUGCCGCACAGCUUCCAACUAAUUUGGCAGCUCCAGCAGCUCCGUCCUCAUCGAACUCGACAUCCACUAGCUCCGCAAACACAUAACUGCGCUAACUGUUUUGCUUUAUGCACCUUUGACAAGCCAUAAUAACAGCUCUACUCUAUGUUCUCGGCAAUAUAAUUGGCUCGAGUACGAGGACGUAGAUCUGGAGGUAGAUUUAAGUAAAAAGUUGUCGAAUGUUACGGGGUUGUCUGUAAAUAUUAGUCAAACGCUUCUUGUUGAUAUGCCAUUGUUUUAUAUUUUUCUUUUUGUUCUACUUUUGAUUAAAAUUUCCUAAUUUCCAAUCUUGGCUUUUGUUUAUUUGUUCAAAAUAAAUAUUAAAUUUUUCUAUGAACUUUUUAAGAAAAUUGUACAUUUUAUUAGUGAAAAACUGUAAAUAAAAGUUUCGAUAAUGUAAUAAUAUAACAAUGCCUAUAGGAAUAUUACAUAUAUUUAGUCAUCAUCUAUUCAAAGUGAUGUAUACAUACUGCGUAGUUACUAAAUAAAUAACUUAUUAUACCGAAA